CCACAGUCCCGGUACAGACAGAGGUUGUCAGAGUUUGAGAUGUAUAGUGACACCAGAGACCUAGAUCUGGAAAUGUCCAAUUGAACCCAAAACAAUUAAUAUAAGAUCAUCAGCAGGCCAAAUAACCAAUACAGAACCACGACAAGAACCGCAGUCCAAGAACAGAGCCAAAAAGAACCAAAAAGAACCAAGCCAAGAACCACAGUCCAAGAACCCACCUAAGAACCAUGUGCUUCGGAAAGCUCUCCGACAAUUCUACAUUGGAUCUACCAGAGAUAUUCUCCGACGUGCGGGAAGUUCUGGACAGUUUGGAAUUCAUCUUCGUGACUCAGGGGAUAGUUCUUCCGGUGAUGGUCGUGGUAGGCAUAGUGCUGAACGUGAUGUGUCUCGUGGUCCUUUGGAACAAGUCUCUGAGAUCCGCGCCUUACUACCUGCUUCGUUCCCUCACGCUGUGUGACCUCUGUAUUCUGCUGUUUGCCCUCUACUCCGACGUGGAGCCAGCCAUAAGGUCAAAGGUCGAGAUCUCCGCCAUGUCGGGGCCGCUCAUCCCAGACUGCGAGACGCUGAGACAGAAUCUACAAGCGCGGCUUUUGCUCGGAGCAAACCUCACGCGCAUAGAUCUACCUUUCUCCUGGUCUCAGGAUUCGAACUCCACACCGUCGGAGACAGGCUUUGAGCCGGCGUCCGAGGCUGAGGUGAACGAGCAGCUGCUUCUGGCACUUCUUCUGGACUUAUUGGCGCAGUCACCGCAGGGACAGACAAACACGACGGGCGGUGUGGUCAUCAACAGACCAGAGAUUUCCCCAUCACCCCAGUCGUCACAGGAACAGACGAACAGAACAGACAAUGUGGCCAACAAAAGACCAAAGAUAUCCCCAUCACACCAGUCUUCACACAGACAGACCAACACGACAGAGAGUGUGGACAUGAACAUGCCAAAGAUUUCCUCAUCACACAGACAGACACACAGAACAGACAAUGUGGCUGACAACAGAAUAAAGAUUUCCUCAUCCCCUCAGUCUUCACACGGACAGACCAACAAAACAGACAAUAAUAUGUCCAACAACAUGCCAAAGAUAUCCUCUUCACCAUUACGAGAAUCUGUUCCCGGGCUGACAACACCCAGUUCUUCCAGACACACAGUCUCUCAGCUGGCUGAUUCUCCUGACAACGUUGACGAUAUCGUGAACGAUCCUGCAACAAGAGACGAGAAUAUUAAUAUUCUUCUCCCACCGGGCCACUCCCUGACCCUGCCCAUCACUCCAGGCCACUCCCUGACCCCGCCCAUCACUCCAGACCACUCACUGACCCCGCCCAUCACUCCGGGCCACUCCCUGACCCCGCUCAUCACCCCGGCCAGUGACGUCACAUCGGCCAGCCCUGUGGUCAACUCGCGUCCUCUGGGCCAGGCUGCGGAGCGCUGGUUCGCCUACAGCCUCAUGACCUUCAACCUUGGAGUCACCCUCACCCUGACCUUGGAGAGGUGGGUGGCCUUGAGGUUCCCGUUCCGAGCCAGGACUCUGCUCACCCCCCGCCGCACGUGCGUGGCUAUAGGGCUGCUGGUGGCGCUCACUCUGGGGCUGCACGUGCCUCAGCUGGUCAAGGAGGUCAGCCUGGUGAUUACGUCACCGGAGAAACUCAAGGACGACUUCCAAGGUCAUAUGCUCCAGUCGUUCCGGCGUGAGUACGAGCGUGCAGUUGUGUACCUGACGUCUGCUGUCUUGGUGCUCACGCUCGCCACAAACCUGGACCUGGUCAGAGCUCUGGCUAGGUACAAGGUCAAGGUCAGAGAGAGGAGGCAGCCAGGCAGUCGGGUCAGCGACGUAAACAUCACCGUUGCCAUCAUCGCCCUGGUGUUCCUGCAGACGCCACACAGCGCCGCCAUGAACGUGCUGGCCACGCUCUCCCUGGAGGGUUUCCAUGGCAACGUGGCGUCCUUCACGCGUGCCCUCGUCACUGUCCGUUUGCUCUACGUCACCAACAGCGCGCUCAACUGCCUCACCUACUGCCUCCUGUCGCGCCGGUUCAGAGGUCACUUCGCCAGCACCUACCGCCCACUCUGCACACUACGUCAUCGUCUGCGCGCUCUACGUCACCAAUAG